UCCCCUCACCGACGUGACAAGUGAAAAAGGCAUGCCUUUCUGAUUCAAGGAUAAAAUAACCGCGGGGAGUUAACUUCAGAGGACGGAGGAAAGUUUUCCGCAGAAGACGGUUUGGGUGAUCUUUUGUUGAUGCUCCAUGAAGCGGCGACACGCAGAAGUUCCCGAGAACUGAGCCGGAGGAGGAGACGCGCUUCAACCGAGGGAAUAGAGGGAGAGAAAGAGAGAAGGAGAGAAAGAGAGGGAGAGAGACUGAGAUAGAGAUCCUAUCUCACUCUCCCAGUUCAGCUUUUCAGCGGAUCGCGUCCAGCAUCUUGCAACUGGACAAUGUCCGGUAAAGCGACUUUAGCAUUACUCAUCUAUGGAAUCAUAACGCAUUACAGCGUCAACUGCUCACCUGUGGGAAUUAGCUUUCCAAGUGUUAGACUUGACAGUGAGAUUUAUGACGAGGAUGGCAACUCCUUACCGUCCCUGGAUUAUGACGGAGACCAAAUGGAGGUGAGAAGUCCCUCCUCUGUCGCUGAAGACGUCUUCAGUUUGUUCUAUCCGGCAGAGAAAAGAACGGAAAGACAUGCAGACGGCAUGUUUAAUAAAGCCUACAGGAAAGCGCUGGGUCAAUUAUCAGCAAGGAAAUACCUUCAUUCUCUGAUGGCAAAACGUGUAGGCGGGGGGAAAGCUCUGGAGGACAGCUCGGAGCCGCUGUCCAAGAGACACUCGGACGGGAUCUUCACAGACAGCUACAGCCGCUACAGGAAGCAAAUGGCAGUCAAGAAAUACCUGGCAGCAGUCCUGGGGAAAAGCCUUGAAGACAUAAGUUUUCACCAAAUCCUCCAAGAGAUAGACUUUGAUGCCCUCCCGGAUGGGGAAGAGUUUGACGCUUUUUUGGGAGACUGGCUGAAACAGUUCUCUCCCGAAUUUGCGAACAUAACACAUUAAGGGAGAUGCCACGGGUGGCCCAACUGACCAUGAACAUGAUAAAAUCAAAGGGAUCAGGCAAAAUGUAUCCAGUAUAAUAUGGUCAGAAGGAAAACUAACCAUCUGCACACUUCUUACCAAAUUUGCGAGGGCAUGAAAGGAAUGCAAACGACAGGGUAAAGUUUUUCCGUUUGUGUUUGAUGUAUCAAUCUUUCUUUAAUUUUGCAUUCCCCUCCAGGCUUUGUGACGCAGGGAGCAGUUUGCGGCUGUGGUGCCUUGCAUCGACUUUUAAACCGCCAUGAAUCACAGAUGGCUAUAGUGGCCCUACAAUGCUGCACAUCAUCAGCUCACAUUUCACCCCCUUUUUUGUCGUUGUUGUCUUUGUGCUACACAGAUGUUUGAUAAGACCUCAAGCAUCGGUCAGCUUAGAUGUCAGUCGUUCUUGUUUGCACUGCUUUCUUUUGCACUUUGUUUUAGAGCGUUAGAAUUUCAUCCAAACAGAGGGAAGCGGCAGUUUCCCCAUGAAUCAUUACAUGUAUGAUAAUGAAAGCGCCAAUAGCCUUACAAAAAUAAAAUAAUCUUCAAAGAUAUAUAUAAAUAUAUAUAUUUACUGUGUGGAAAGUGAAUAUUAGAUUACUACUUCAAAUGGCGACCUACCAGGGUCAAUAAAUGUCUAAAAAAAAAAGGUGUUGUAAGAUUUG